UGAAGCUCUCCGUAAGCCUCGUUGCGCUCUCCCUGUACUCUGGAUAUGCACUAGCAGCAGUGCCUGUAUGGGGAAAGUGUGGUGGCACAAACUACACUGGCGAAACAAGCUGCGCUACGGGGUCGAUUUGCACAUACCAGAACGACUACUACUCGCAAUGCAUUCCAGGGACUGCAACGACGGUUGCUUCGACCACAACAGCCGCCACGACAAGCGCACCGCCGCCGCCGCCGACGACGACCGCUCCCCCGGCGUCUACAAGCUUCGUUAAGACCUCUGGAACACAAUUGACGCUGAAUGGUUCGAGGUUCAACGUCGCUGGGUCCAAUUCAUAUUGGGUCGGCCUGAUGGGGCUGAGCACAGCUAAGAUGAACAAGGCUUCGCCAACAUCGUCGCUAGCGGCGCAACGGUCGUUCGCACCUGGUACCAGUCCCAAUGGAAAUUACUAUCAGAGCUGGUCCGGCAGUACUCCAAUUGUCAACACUGGAUCUACAGGAUUGGCCAACUUUGGCAAUGUUGUCGCAGCUGCCAAAGCCAACGGCCUUCGUCUCAUCGUUGCCCUGACAAACAAUUGGUCUGACUACGGUGGCAUGGACGUGCACAUCAAGCAAAUUCUCAACUCUGCGAACCAUGAUCUUUUCUAUACGGAUGCGAGCGUAAAGGAUGCCUUCAAAAGUUAUAUCAAAUCUUUCGUUGGGCGUUACAUGAACGAGCCCACUAUCAUGGCCUGGGAACUCGCGAAUGAGCCGAGAUGCAGCAGCGGGACGUCAUCUGGGACCUGUACGACGAUCACGAUCACCAACUGGGCCAAGGAAAUUUCAGCGUAUAUCAAAUCUAUCGACAGUAAUCACCUCAUUGCAUUGGGCGAUGAAGGCUUUUAUAUUCGAUCUGGAGUCCCAACGUACCCUUACCAAGGAAGCGAGGGGAUCGAUUUUGACGCCAACCUCGCCAUCAGCACUCUUGACUUCGGGACUUUCCAUGCGUAUCCCACGCCCUGGGGCCAAGGUGGAAACGAACAGGCAUGGGGCACCCAAUGGAUAACGGACCAUGCUGUAUCUAUGAUGAAGGCUAACAAGCCGGUUAUUCUCGAAGAGUUUGGGGUAACGAAUAAUCAAGCUACAAUCUACACAGCUUGGCUGAAUCAAGUCAUCUCCUCUGUUCUGACUGGGAUCUAAU